AUGGAUUCAUUCCUCUGUUUGGCCCUCGCCCUCGCCCUCGCCCUCGCCCUCGCCCUCUCCCUCGCCCUCUCCCUCUCCCUCUCCCUCUCCCUCGCCCUCUCCCUCUCCCUCGCCCUCUCCCUCUCCCUCGCCCUCGCCCUCUCCCUCUCCCUCGCCCUCUCCCUCGCCCUCGCCCUCUCCCUCUCCCGGCAUGGUAGUAGCCACAGUUUCCAUGUGGCACCCAGCUCAGUGGCUGGAGGGGUAUAGGACUGGCAGUGCACAUGCUGUAUCGUGGUCUUGGCAUGGGUCCAGGACCGGGCCUAAUACUAAGACCAAACAGACCUGUCUUAUGCUCAGUGGGCAAAACCGGUUGCAAUUACAUCAGACUGACGUCAUGGUCAGGUCGUAGUCUGAAUGUUAAAGGACGUUUUUUUUGACGUUUUUAGCAUCCAGAAACAGACGCCUUUACCUGGUUGUAUCAGUCACUUAAACAAGAUAACAUCACGAUAUGACGUCUUUCCCAGGCGCCUUGAUUUCUUCAUGGAGAACUCAGUUCAAUAGAUCUUUAUUUUCCCUGAAAGGCAAAAAUAAGUAUUUAAAUGGUUGUAAUCUGGUUAUCUGACAUCGCAUAUCAGAAAAAUGAUGUCCCUUGAUAACUUUUUGCCCGCUGGGUAACUGUAGAGGAGAAUGACUUCAGUGUAAGGUUGUGUUUGUUGCCACGGCAGCCACGCUGGUUGUGUUGUAGUUUGUUUGUGUGUGUGGUCCUGUCAGGGGAAAUGCCAAGUUCACCCGCUCUGGAAUGCAGCAGACAGGGCUAUGCCAGCAGGAGUGAGUGUGGUGUGUGAGAAGUUACUUAGUUCCAAAGAAACAGUGUGUGCACUUCACACCAGGCUAACUUAGCUUUGCAUUUUAUGAUCAAAGAGGUUGUUCUAUACCUGACUCUGCAAAGCUCUCUGGCCUUAAUGCUUAAGUAGCCUACUGUAAUAGUUAAAAGCAUUGAAGUCAAAUGUUCUUGCUUUCAUUUUCAAGAUAAGGCAGUGUCAAUAGAACAGUGAAAGAACAGAGGCUGCACUGGGCGCCACUGUUGUCUAAUUAUGUCCCGGUGUUGACCCUUUGAGCUAUCAGAGUUUCAUGACUACACUCUAUGGAACUACUGCACUGUUAGAGGUAACCAUGGGAAAAAGGUGUGUGUGUGCGUGCGUGUUUGGUGUGGGCGCACGCGUGCAUUCAUGUAUGUGGGUCACUGUGUAUGGAAACAGUUCCUACUUCCUCUAAUGUACCUGUAGUGUUUGCGAAGCACUCAACAGUGAAAACGUUUGACAUAUUGAUGUUGAGCUGGCUGAAUCAAACUGGUAAUUUUUUUAAACUUAAUUUUCCAAGCCGGGUUUUGAACCAAGGGAUUGCUUACAGCCUUAAAAUUACACUAAAAUGUCUCCUUGUUUUGGAUAAAGACAAUUUGAUUGAUUUUAUGAAUUUGUCACAUGCGCCCAAUGCAGCAGGUGUAGACUUUACCGUGAAAUGCUUACUUACGAGCCCUUUCCCAACAAUGCAGAGUUUAAUCUUUUAUUUUAAGGAAAUAGUAACACAAUAAAAUAACAAUAACAAGACUAUAUACAUGGAGUACCGGUACCGAGUCAAUGUGCAGGGGUACGAGAUAGUUGAGGUAAUAUGUACAGUGAGGGAAAAAAGUAUUUGAUCCCCUGCUGAUUUUGUACGUUUGCCCACUGACAAAGACAUGAUCAGCUUAUAAUUGUAAUGGUAGAUUUAUAUGAACAGUGAGAGACAGAAUAACAACAACAAAAAUCCAGAAAAACGCAUGUCAAAAAUGUUAUAAAUUGAUUUUCAUUUUAAUGAGGGAAAUAAGUAUUUGACCCCUCUGCAAAAUAUGACUUAGUACUUGGUGACAAAACCCUUCUUGGCAAUCACAGAGGUCAGACGUUUCUUGUAGUUGGCCACCAGGUUUGCACACAUCUCAGGACGGAUUUUGUCCCACUCCUCUUUGCAGAUCUUCUCCAAGUCAUUAAGGUUUCGAGGCUGACGUUUGGCAACUCGAACCUUCAGCUCCCUCCACAGAUUUUCUAUGGUAUUAAGGUCUGGAGACUGGCUAGGCCACUCCAGGACCAUAAUGUGCUUCUUCUUGAGCCACUCCUUUGUUGCCUUGGCCGUGUGUUUUGGGUCAUUUUCAUGCUGGAAUACCCAUCCAUGACCCAUUUUCAAUGCCCUGGCUGAGGGAAGGAGGUUCUCACCCAAGAUUUGACGGUACAUGGCCCCGUCCAUCGUCCCUUUGAUGCGGUGAAGUUGUCCUGUCCCCUUAGCAGAAAAACACCCCCAAAGCAUAAUGUUUCCACCUCCAUGUUUGACAGUGGGGAUGGUGUUCUUGGGGUCAUAGGCAGCAUUCCUCCUCCUCCAAACACGGCGAGUUGAGUUGAUGCCAAAGAGUUUGAUUUUGGUCUCAUCUGACCACAACACUUUCACCCAGUUCUCCUCUGAAUCAUUCAGAUGUUCAUUGGCAAACUUCAGACGGGCCUGUAUAUGUGCUUUCUUGAGCAGGGGGACCUUGUGGGCGCUGCAGGAUUUCAGUCCUUCACGGCGUAGUGUGUUACCAAUUGUUUUCUUGGUGACUAUUAUCCCAGCUGCCUUGAGAUCAUUGACAAGAUCCUCCAGUGUAGUUCUGGGCUGAUUCCUCACCGUUCUCAUAAUCAUUGCAACUCCACGAGGUGAGAUCUUGCAUGGAGCCCCAGGCCGAGGGAGAUUGACAGUUAUUUUGUGUUUCUUCCAUUUCCAAUAAUCGCACCAACUGUUGUCACCUUCUCAUUAAGCUGCUUGCCGAUGGUCUUGUAGCCCAUUCCAGCCUUGUGUAGGUCUACAAUCUUGUCCCUGACAUCCUUGGAGAGCUCUUUGGUCUUGGCCAUGGUGGAGAGUUUGGAAUCUGAUUGAUUGAUUGCUUCUGUGUACAGGUGUCUUUUAUACAGGUAACAAGCUGAGAUUAGGAGCACUCCCUUUAAGAGUGUGCUCCUAAUCUCAGCUCGUUACCUGUAUAAAAGACACCUGGGAGCCAGAAAUCUUUCUGAUUGAGAGGGGGUCAAAUACUUAUUUCCGUCAUUAAAAUGCAAAUCAAUUUAUAACAUUUUUGACAUGCGUUUUUCUGGAUUUUUUUGUUGUUAUUCUGUCUCUCACUGUUCAAAUAAACCUACCAUUAAAAUUAUAGACUGAUCAUUUCUUUGUCAGUGGGCAAACUUACAAAAUCAUCAGGGGAUCAAAUACUUUUUUCCCUCACUGUACAUGUACAGUGGGGAGAAAAGUAUUUGAUACACUGCCGAUUUUGCAGGUUUUCCUACUUACAAAGCAUGUAGAGGUCUGUAAUUGUUAUCAUAGGUACACUUCACCUGUGAGAGACGGAAUCUAAAACAAAAAUCCAGAAAAUCACAUUGUAUGAUUUUUAAGUAAUUAAUUUGCAUUUUAUUGCAUGACAUAAGUAUUUGAUCACCUACCAACCAGUAAGAAUUCCGUCUCUCACAGACCUGUUAGUUUUUCUUUAAGAAGCCCUCCUGUUCUCCACUCAUUACCUGUAUUAACUGCACCUGUUUGAACUCAUUACCUGUAUAAAAGACACCUGUCCACACACUCAAUCAAACAGACUCCAACCUCUCCACAAUGGCCAAGACCAGAGAGCUGUGUAAGGACAUCAGGGAUAAAAUUGUAAACCUGCACAAGGCUGGGAUGGGCUACAGGACAAUAGGCAAGCAGCUUGGUGAGAAGGCAACAACUGUUGGCGCAAUUAUUAGAAAAUGGAAGAAGUUCAAGAUGACGGUCAAUCACCCUCGGUCUGGGGCUCCAUGCAAGAUCUCACCUCGUGGGGCAUCAAUGAUCAUGAGGAAGGUGAGGGAUCAGCCCAGAACUACACGGCAGGACCUGGUCAAUGACCUGAAGAGAGCUGGGACCACAGUCUCAAAGAAAACCAUUAGUAACAUACUACGCCGUCAUUGAUUCAAAUCCUGCAGCGCACGCAAGGUCCCCCUGCUCAAGCCAGCGCAUGUCCAGGCCCGUCUGAAGUUUGCCAAUGACCAUCUGGAUGAUCCAGAGGAGGAAUGGGAGAAGGUCAUGUGGUCUGAUGAGACAAAAAUAGAGCUUUUUGGUCUAAACUCCACUCGCCGUGUUUGGAGGAAGAAGAAGGAUGAGUACAACCCCAAGAACACCAUCCCAACCGUGAAGCAUGGAGGUGGAAACAUCAUUCUUUUGGGAUGCUUUUCUGCAAAGGGGACAGGACGACUGCACCGUAUUGAGGGGAGGAUGGAUGGGGCCAUGUAUCGCGAGAUCUUGGCCAACAACCUCCUUCCCUCAGUAAGAGCAUUGAAGGUGGGUUGUGGCUGGGUCUUCCAGCAUGACAACGACCCGAAACACACAGCCAGGGCAACUAAGGAGUGGCUCCGUAAGAAGCAUCUCAAGGUCCUGGAGUGGCCUAGCCAGUCUCCAGACCUGAACCCAAUAGAAAAUCUUUGGAGGGAGCUGAAAGUCCGUAUUGCCCAGCGACAGCCCCGAAACCUGAAGGAUCUGGAGAAGGUCUGUAUGGAGGAGUGGGCCAAAAUCCCUGCUGCAGUGUGUGCAAACCUGGUCAAGACCUACAGGAAACGUAUGAUCUCUGUAAUUGCAAACAAAGGUUUCUGUACCAAAUAUUAAGUUCUGCUUUUCUGAUGUAUCAAAUACUUAUGUCAUGCAAUAAAAAGCAAAUUAAUUACUUAAAAAUCAUACAAUGUGAUUUUCUGGAUUUUUGUUUUAGAUUCCGUCUCUCACAGUUGAAGUGUACAUAUGAUAAAAAUUACAGACCUCUACAUGCUUUGUAAAUAGGAAAAUCUGCAAAAUUGGCAGUGUAUCAAAUACUUGUUCUCCCCACUGUAGGUAGGGGUAAAGGUGACUAGGCAAUCAAGGUAAAUAAUAAACAGAGUAGCAGCAGUGUGUGUGUGUGUGUGUGUGUGUGUGUGUGUGUGUUGGAGUGUCAGUGUAGUAUGUGUGAGUGUGUGGGUAGAGUCCAGUGAGGGUGCAUAGAGCUGGUGCAAGCAAGUCAGUGCAAAUAAAAAGGAGGACAAUGCAAAUAGUCUGGGUAGCCAUUUGAUUAACUGUUCAGCAGUCUUAUGGCUUGGGGGUAGAAGCUGUUAAGAAGUCUUUUGGUCCUAGACUUGUAGCUCCGGUACCGCUUGCCAUGCGGUAGCAGAGAGAACAGCCUAUGUCUUGGGUGGCUGGAGUCUUUGACAAUUUUUAGGGUCUUCCUCUGACACCGCCUGGUAUAGAGGUCUUGGAUGGCAGGGAGCUCGGCCCCAGUGAUGUACUGGGUCGUAUGAACUACCCUCUGUAGUGCCUUAGCAGUUGCCAUACCAAGCAGUGAUGCAGCCAGUCAAGAUGCUCUCAAUGGUGCAGCUGUAGAACUUUUUGAGGAUCUGAGGGCCCAUGCCAAAUAUUUUUAUUCCAUCAUGCAUGUUAUGCGUUUCGGUAAAACUUUUUUCAAAGUAAUUUGUCAUAAGCUGACACGAACAGUCAUGACUGCUUAUGACAUCUGUCAAACCUUAUUAUGGCACAGGGCCUGUAUUGACAGUCACUAGUGAAAGCACUUCCCUACUCCCAUAGGCCGAAUUCUGUCCCAAAUGGCACCCUAUUCCCCAUAUAGUGCACUACUUUUGACCAGAGCCCUAUGGAACCUGGUCAAAAGUCAUGCAAUAUUCAGAGAAUAGGGUACCAUUUUUGAGACCGCCUCUGUUUAUCUUGAGAACUUUUGUCCUGAAUGUUCCUCUGCCAGCUGUCAAUCAUUUGGCUUAAUAGUUUUGCAAAGGAGGAGGAAAAAAUACACCAAAUGACGGAGCAGUGCUCCCUCUUUUAUCUCCACUCUCCUUCUAGCAGGCAGGAGUGUUAAUGUGAUGGGGUUCAGUUCUCCUGACUGAUUGACAGGCUGGUGGCUCACAAUGACAGAGAAUACUGGCUAACACCGUAAUUAGCUUCAGCAUUUAAAGAGACAGGCUAGACCUGUGGGGUUUCAAGUAAAAUAACAUUAAAAGUGUUUUAUGAUUGUUUCCCAAUAGGCCUAUUUCAGUUAUUAUUAUUUUUUUAUACAGUUUUUAAAUAUGGAAUGCAGUUCAAAACAUGGUGGUUAGCUAACUGACACCGAGUCCGAAAAGAGACUCGCUAACGCUAACAAACAAAGGGCUUACUGAUGGAGACAGGGUGAGACAAACUUAGGGUUAGCAGACUUAGAACUAGCGCAGGUUAGCUUAGUGAGGUCUUUAGCUCAAGCCUAGGAAGCUCAGAUAGCCUUAAAUGCAGAGUCUGUUCUUCAGAUAUGCCUGGAGGCUAACAAUGCUAAUGGUUAAUGACGCUAGGCUAGGGCUUUUAGCGUCUGUGUGGUAUUAUGGUAUUCUAGGCCCGGAGCCAUGGUUUUUGAGAUGGUUAAGUGAAGGCAGUCGUUUUGUCAGGGCUUGUUGAUGUGUAACACGACUAAUGGACCAUGGAAACAGGGGGCUCUUCCACGGAAGCUUACUACUAUCUAGACAAACAGACCCACCUACGCGACCAAAUUGGUGCUCCCUCCCUUGACAGGGUGUGUCUGUGUGUUUUCACACACGCCACAGAGCGUGUUAACGAACAAAAACAACAUAUAGCGCAGAUAAGACAACACGCUAGCUCUCUCAAUAUGACAUCACCAUGAAAUGAGGGAUUAAAUUAAAGGAAGGAGGAGAGUGUUUCUUCCGAGGUGGUCCAACCCAGGCAAGACAAAGCAAAGCUUGGCAGACUCUGUGUGUGUGUGUGUGUGAUUGGCAUUGCUGAUUGCCUUAUCUCCAGGAUGUGUUGUGUUCCUCUUUGCUGCCGAUUGACUGAGAUAGAACUGCUGCAGCUGUGUGCCACACAUUCUAAAUAAAAGUAUUUCAGGAUGCAACACACCCAUGGCUUUGUCCAUUUGAACUUCCUGGGGACUGUGUGUGUGUUUCUUUACACUGAGGAGGUGGAGGAGUGAAAUGUCUCCUAUUCAAAUAAUCUUUGUUUGUAUUGAAUGAUCUCCUAUUCAUUGAGUGUCUUUUGUUUGUAGUAUGAUUUUAGGCUUUGAACGCAUUCCAGAUGGUCUUUAAUGCAGUCACGCUGCACUGAUGAUCCGAUCUCACAACACCUGGAGAAGUGAUUAGCAUCUCAGGAAAUACACAUUGACAUGAUAUAGCAAUCUGCUGAAAUGCGCAGUGCUUCUUCAUACAAGAUGACAUGGAACACCACUUAAGAGUUGAUGGAUUGUAAAUAGGUGUAGGUGUGCAGCUGUUUUCGUGGUAACUGUCUGUAACCAUGGUGUUUUUCUCAUCUCCUAGGUUACCUGUCCAAAGUGUUGAGGAACUACACCGAGCAGGCGUGUGACGGCGACUUCCUGUCGGUCCGCUGCCCGCCCCGCACCACCAUCACUGUCCAAUCGGCUUUCUACGGCAGGAAAGGCCCCUCCCACCCCCAGCAGUGCCCGUCCUACCAGAGACACAACCUUGUAGGGACACACCCAGUGGAGGAUGACACGUAUUGUUACAUGUCCACUGCACUACAGGUAACCAUACACACCCCAUGUACCAUGCUUCUCUCUGCCACUAGUACAGUAACGACAGUCAUUUAAAUAAUGCUCGUCUUCUGGUAUUGACAUUCGUCCAGGUUGUGUUUCCCGAAAGCCUCUUAUCAAAAUGGCUCAUUAUGUUUCUCUCUGGGAAACAAUACUUUCUCCACCUCUUUAGUCAGAUCAGGGCCCAUAUCCAUAAAGCAUCUCAGAGAAGGAGUGCUGAUCUUUUGACUAUUAGAUCACAACGAAUAGGAAUAGAAGGACAGAGAGGACCAGGUCCUAGAUCAGUACUCUGAGAUGCUUUUUGAAUACAGACCCAAGGCCUUUGAAACAGUAGCUAUAAUGCUCUGGGGAUUUCAGAGAAGGUUGCCCCCUUCUCUCUUUUUCAUGUAUUUCCUCCCCCUUCUGGAUCCUCAUCCACUCAUCCUCCACAUUCCUCCCUCCCUCCCUCCAUCUCAACAGAGCCUGUCGUUGUUUGGCACCUAAAGCCGUCUGAGAAACUUCCAGAAAGAGAAAAGCCUCCACACAACAACAAACCCCAAGGGUUAAAACACUGGCAAUGCCAGUGCCGCCACCGUUGAUUGCGUAACGCGUUGUGUGAGAAUGUUUUCCGUCAAAUGACACACUUUAAGGAGAAGGCAUGGAGAGGCAGGCCCAGCCGCUACACAAAGCCAUUUCAUGGAGUCUUUGCCACGACAUCCCCAUCUUAAAUUGAUUGGGGGUGCAACGAAUAGACUGAAGGCCUCCUUUUGUGUGGGGGGGUACACACGCACCCCUCCUGUCCUUUCAGAGUUCUGUUGCCCUCGUCUCCCUCCCACUUUAUCUCAAAAUAGCUGAAUGACGAUCAUGAGCGCUCAGAUUCAGAUCUAGAGAAGGCAUUGUGCCCAAAUGAGAGAAGCCAAUCCAGAGGCCCUCAGCUGCAAUCACUCACAGUAGUGUAGCAACCUUGAUCAAUGCAACUCUUCUCUGUUCCAACAACGUCUCGAAAUAAACAAUUGAUGUGAUGGUAGUGGUUUUAAUCCCCAUUUCAAAAGCUUUAACAUAAAGAGCUAUGAAGACAGGUAGACACGAAGUCACAAGCUUUUUUACGACUACAUGGGGGGUAUAGGCUGAUGUACUUUUCCUAUAUCCUAUCCCUGGCCAUUGUGUCUCCUUAAUGACGCGUGACGACAUGACAUAAACGUCAGCAUGCUAACCUUACUUGAGAUUUAUGAUCUGGCAGCACACGGCAGCAGCACACACACCAGGAGAACUCUGGGAGGUUGUCUUCUACACACCAGAACACUAGGAGGUUGUCUUCUACACACCAGAACACACAACAGAACACUGUAAGGUUGUCUUCUACACGCCAGAAUAAAACUGGGAGGUUGUCUUCUACACGCCAGAACACUGGGAGGUUGUCUUCUACACACCAGAACACUGGGAGGUUGUCUUCUACACACCAGAACACUGGGAGGUUGUCUUCUACACACCAGAACACUGGGAGGUUGUCUUCUACACACCAGAACAACACUGGGAGGUUGUCUUCUACACACCAGAACAACACUGGGAGGUUGUCUUCUACACACCAGAACACUGGGAGGUUGUCUUCUACACACCAGAACAACACUGGGAGGUUGUCUUCUACACACCAGAACACUAGGAGGUUGUCUUCUACAUGCCAGAACAACACUGGGAGGUUGUCUUCUACACGCCAGAACACUGGGAGGUUGUCUUCUACACGCCAGAACACUGGGAGGUUGUCUUCUACACACCAGAACACUAGGAGGUUGUCUUCUACACGCCAGAACAACACUGGGAGGGGUAUGUAGCUCAGUUGGUAGAGCAUGGCGUUUGCAACACCAGGGUUGUGGGUUCGAUAAAAUAAUGUAUGUGCUAACUGUAAGUCGCUCUGGAUAAGAGCGUCUGCUAAAUGACUAAAAAUGUAAAAAAUGUAAAUGUUGUCUUCUACACACCAGAACACUGGGAGGUUGUCUUCUACACACCAGAACACUGGGAGGUUGUCUUCUACACGCCGGAACCCUGGGAGGUUGUCUUCUACACACCGGAAUCCUGGGAGGUUGUCUUCUACACACCGGAACCCUGGGAGGUUGUCUUCUACACACCAGGAGAACUCUGGGAGGUUGUCUUCUACACACCAGAACACUGGGAGGUUGUCUUCUACACGCCAGAACAACACUGGGAGGUUGUCUUCUACACACCAGAACACUGGGAGGUUGUCUUCAACACGCCAGAACACUCUGAGGUUGUCUUCUACAUACCAGAACAACACUGGGAGGUUGUCUUCUACACCCCACAACACUGGGAGGUUGUCUUCUACACCCCAGAACACUAGGAGGUUGUCUUCUACAUACCAGAACAACACUGGGAGGUUGUCUUCUACACCCCACAACACUGGGAGGUUGUCUUCUACACACCGGAACACUGGGAGGUUGUCUUCUACACACCGGAACCCUGGGAGGUUGUCUUCUACACACCAGAACACUUAGAGGUUGUCUUCUACACACAAUAACUCUGGGAGGUUGUCUUCUACACGCCAGGAGAACUCUGGGAGGUUGUCUUCUACAUGCCAGGAGAACUCUGGGAGGUUAUCUUCGACACGCCAGGAGAACUCUGCGAGGUUGUCUUCUACACACCGGAACACUGGGAGGUUGUCUUCUACACACCGGAACAACACUGAGAGGUUGUCUUCUACACGCCAGAACACUGGGAGGUUGUCUUCUACACACCAGAACACUGGGAGGUUGUCUUCUACACACCAGAACACUGGGAGGUUGUCUUCUACACACCAGAACACACAACAGAACACUGGGAGGUUGUCUUCUACACUACAGAACAACACUGGGAGGUUGUCUUCUACACACCAGAACACUGGGAGGUUGUCUUCUACACACCAGAACAUUGGGAGGUUGUCUUCUACACACCAGAACACUGGGAGGUUGUCUUCUACACGCCGGAACUCUGGGAGGUUGUCUUCUACACACCGGAACCCUGGGAGGUUGUCUUCUACACACCGGAACCCUGGGAGGUUGUCUUCUACACACCGGAACCCUGGGAGGUUGUCUUCUACACACUGGAACACUGGGAGGUUCUCUUCUACUCACCAGAACAACUCUGGGAGGUUGUCUUCUACACACCAGAACACUGGGAGGUUGUCUUCUACACGCCAGAACACUGGGAGGUUGUCUUCGACACACCAGAACACACAACAGAACACUGGGAGGUUGUCUUCUACAUGCCAUAACAACACUGUGAGGUUGUCUUCUACACACCAGAACACUGGGAGGUUGUCUUCAACACGCCAGAACACUGGGAGGUUGUCUUCUACACACCAGAACACUGGGAGGUUGUCUUCUACACGCCAGAACAACACUGGGAGGUUGUCUUCUACACACCAGAACACUGGGAGGUUGUCUUCAACAUGCCAGAACACUGGGAGGUUGUCUUCUACAUACCAGAACAACACUGGGAGGUUGUCUUCUACACCCCACAACACUGGGAGGUUGUCUUCAACAUGCCAGAACACUGGGAGGUUGUCUUCUACAUACCAGAACAACACUGGGAGGUUGUCUUCUACAUACCAGAACAACACUGGGAGGUUGUCUUCUACACGCCAGAACAACACUGGGAGGUUGUCUUCUACACACCGGAACACUGGGAGGUUGUCUUCUACACACCGGAACCCUGGGAGGUUGUCUUCUACACACCAGAACACUUAGAGGUUGUCUUCUACACACAAUAACUCUGGGAGGUUGUCUUCUACACGCCAGGAGAACUCUGGGAGGUUGUCUUCUACAUGCCAGGAGAACUCUGGGAGGUUAUCUUCGACACGCCAGGAGAACUCUGCGAGGUUGUCUUCUACACACCGGAACAACACUGAGAGGUUGUCUUCUACACGCCAGAACACUGGCAGGUUGUCUUCUACACACCAGAACACACAACAGAACACUGGGAGGUUGUCUUCUACACGACAGAACAACACUGGGAGGUUGUCUUCUACACACCAGAACACUGGGAGGUUGUCUUCUACACACCAGAACACUGGGAGGUUGUCUUCUACACACCGGAACCCUGGGAGGUUGUCUUCUACACACCAGAACACUGGGAGGUUGUCUUCUACACGCCAGAACACUGGGAGGUUGUCUUCGACACACCAGAACACACAACAGAACACUGGGAGGUUGUCUUUUACAUGCCAUAACAACACUGUGAGGUUGUCUUCUACACCCCACAACACUGGGAGGUUGUCUUCUACACACCGGAACCCUGGGAGGUUGUCUUCUGCACACCGGAACACUGGGAGGUUGUCUUCUACACACAAUAACUCUGGGAGGUUGUCUUCUACACGCCAGGAGAACUCUGGGAGGUUGUCUUCGACACACCAGGAGAACUCUGGGAGGUUGUCUUCUACAUGCCAGGAGAACUCUGGGAGGUUGUCUUCGACACACCAGGAGAACUCUGGGAGGUUGUCUUCUACAUGCCAGGAGAACUCUGGGAGGUUGUCUUCUACACGCCGGAACACUGGGAGGUUGUCUUCUACACACCGGAACACUGGACGGUUGUCUUCUACACACCAGAACUCUGGGAGGUUGUCUUCUACACACCGGAACACUUUGAGCUUGUCUUCUACACACCGUAACAUUGGGAGGUUGUCUUCUACACACCAGAACUCUGGGAGGUUGUCUUGUACACGCCAGGAGAACACUGGGAGGUUGUCUUCUACACGCCAGGAGAACUCUGGGAGGUUGUCUUCUACACGCCAGGAGAACACUGGGAGGUUGUCUUCUACACGCCAGGAGAACUCUGGGAGGUUGUCUUCUACACGCCAGGAGAACUCUGGGAGGUUGUCUUCUACACGCCAGGAGAACUCUGGGAGGUUGUCUUCUACACACCGUAACAUUGGGAGGUUGUCUUCUACACACCAUAACUCUGGGAGGUUGUUUUCUACACACCAGAACAACACUGGGAGGUAGUCUUCUACACACCAGAACACUUUGAGCUUGUCUUCUACACACCGUAUGUCACGAUCGUCGGUAAGAGAGGAGGACCAAGGCGCAGCAUUGCAGGCAAACAUACUCUUUAUUAGCGAUAUACGACAAAAUAAACAAAACGAUAACGUGACAGUUCACGGUCUAACACAAACCAACUCGAAACAAGAUCCCACAACUGAUGUGGGAAAACAGCCUCUAUAAGUAUGGCUCCCAAUCAGAGACAACCAGCCACAGCUGACACUCGUUGCCUCUGAUUGGGAACCACUCUGGCCAACACAGAAAUACCAUACCUAGACUCCCGACAUAGAAAAUCAACACAUAGAUCUACACACCCUGGCUCAACAUAACAGUGUCCCCAGAGCCAGGGCGUGACAGUACCCCCCCCCCCCCCCCCCCCCCCCCUAAAGGCGCGGACUCCGACCGCGUCAACCAAAUACCACAGGGGAGGGACCGGGUGGGCACUCCGCCUAGGCGGCGGAUCCGGCUCCGGGCCUGAUCCCCGCUCCCUCUCCAACCCCCCAAAGUACCCCUGGUCCGGUCUGACCCCGCUGGCCGGAGCUGGACUGCACACUGGUGGAGCGGAUUGCUCUAGCUCCGGCGUGAAGCAUCUGACCGGUGCCGGACCAGGCACCGGUGGAACAGGCACGGGACGUGCCGGACUGACGACGCACACCACUGGCUUGGUGUGGGGAGCAGGAGCGGGCCGGACCGGGCUGGCGACACGCCCCAUUGGCUUGGUGCGGGGAGCAGGAAAGGACCGGACCGGGCUGGCGACGCGCACCAUAGACCUGGUGCGGAGAGCAGGAACAGGACGGGCCGGGCUGGCGACGCGCCCCAUUGGCUUGGUGCGGGGAGCAGGAAAGGGCCGGACCGGGCUGGCGACGCGCACCAUUGGCUUGGUGCGGGGAGCAGGAAAGGGCCGGACCGGGCUGGCGACGCGCACCAUUGACCUGGUGCGGAGAGCAGGAACAGGACGGGCCGGGCUGGCGACGCGCACCAUUGGCCUGGUGCGGGGAGCAGGAACAGGACGGGCCGGGCUGGAGACGCGCACCAUUGGCCUGGUGCGGGGAGCAGGAACAGGACGGGCCGGGCUGGCGACGCGCACCAUUGGCCUGAUGCGAGGAACAGGAACAGGCCGGACCGUACUGGGGACACACACCACUGGCCCUAUGCAGGGAUCAGGAACGGGCCGGACCGGACUGGUAACACACCCCAGUACCUCUCGCCGUGCCUCCACACUUUCCUUCCCCUUUAAUACCAGUGGCCCCCGUAACCUGGCGGCCUCCUCUGCCAACCCGCUGGACCGCUCUAUCGCGGCCUCCUGCUGCCCCGACGUCCACGUCGUGAGCCCCCCCCUAAAAAAAUUCUGGGGGUCUCUCCUCCCCGUGGGCCAGGCCUCUAUUGUUCUCCCCCAACUCUCGCUCUUCUGCUUCCAACUCCAGCCAUUCUGCUCUUCAUUAGGCUUGACCCAGUCGAGGUUGCCACGGAGAUCUGCUAGCGACUCCCCUGGCGAUGGCUCCUGGACACGCUGCUUGGUCCAGUUUUGGUGGGAUCUUCUGUCACGAUCGUCGGUAAGAGAGGAGGACCAAGGCGCAGCAUUGCAGGCAAACAUACUCUUUAUUAGCGAUAUACGACAAAAUAAACAAAACGAUAACGUGACAGUUCACGGUCUAACACAAACCAACUCGAAACAAGAUCCCACAACUAAUGUGGGAAAACAGCCUCUAUAAGUAUGGCUCCCAAUCAGAGACAACCAGCCACAGCUGACACUCGUUGCCUCUGAUUGGGAACCACUCUGGCCAACACAGAAAUACCAUACCUAGACUCCCGACAUAGAUCAACAAACAACACAUAGAUCUACACACCCUGGCUCAACAUAACAGUGUCCCCAGAGCCAGGGCGUGACACCGUAACAUUGGGAGGUUGUCUUCUACAUGCCAGAACACUGGGAAGUUGUCUUCUAUACGCCAGGAGAACACUGGGAGGUUGUCUUCUACAUGCCAGGAGAACUCUGGGAGGUUGUCUUCUACACACCGGAACACUGGGAGUUUGUCUUCUACAUGACAGGAGAACACUGGAAGGUUGUCUUCUACACGUCACUGUUUGUUUUAGUGGAAGUCACUGCUCGUGUGCCAGCUUUGCACAGCAGCAGGCACCGAUCUACCGGUCACAACUCCCACUGCCACACGCAAUCAUAAAUGGGCGCCGCCCAGCAUAAAGGUGGCUUACGUCAAUAGUGUGAUGCAUUGUGGUGAAAAAAUGACAGAAACAACUUGUAUUUUUAUACACCACUAGGAAAUGUGAAUUUGGUCAGGGAGUGAGAAUUCCUUGUUGAGGAAUGUAGUAGAAUGUUACUUAGAAAAUAAGGAAAUGUGUAAAGGCAUCCGCAUGCUUCCUGUCCGAAACAUUUCGGAACAGUUUGUGCAUAUGUUAUGAUGACAUUUUGUGACAUUUUUGUUCGUUUUGGUUUUCGGCAAGUGUUUCUUUGGCUGUUCGCACUCACCAUUUUUUUAACGAGACAAGCCUUUAGUCGAAAGGUGAAAUCUAUGCCCUUUCGUCUGUGAUUGGUCAACAGUAGGGAUUCUUCAACUAAGUGUUUGUUGUCAUUCAAUGAGAGACAAAUCCUUUUCAUGCAAAUUUUUUCACUUGAGAAAUACUGCACCAAACAUCUUAGUUCGAUGUAAAAUUGGGCAAGUAAGAUCUCCUUGGCAAAAACAUCAAAGUUAAUGACAGAUUUCUUGAGUUACCUUAGAUUAAUUCGGACUAUUUUGAGGCAGACUGGCUACGGCAUCUCAAGAUAGACAAACGGUACUAUUGCUGCUUGUUUCUCAAGUUAAGGUCUUUUUAAGGGAGUUUGCGAGCACACUCGUUCGGUUCGGGUAGGCGCCAGCUGAACUGAAGCAUGCUGACGCCUUAAGACUGUGAAGUCUGAGCUAUGGAAGGGAUGUCAGGAAGCUGGAGUGUAGAACUGUUCCCAUGGCCUGGGAGGAGAAGGGGAUGGUUAGGUUGUUUUGAAGUGGUUUUAGGUUUGUGUGCCCUCCGGUCUCACCGACGCUUGCUCAUUGUUCUCUCUCUCUCCCCCCUUAAUAUUUAUCUUUCUCCCCCCUUAAUCUUUCUCUGGUAGAAAAUGUUGGAUGAGUGCCAGGACAGGAGGAUCUGUCAGGUCCUUGUCACCAGUGGUCUCUUCGGGACGGACCCGUGCCCCAGUAGCAGCAAAUACCUCAUUGUGUGGUAUAAAUGCCAGCCUAGUAAGUCCCUCCCUCAUCAACCCUCAGCCUCUUUAUAAGUUAUACUCCACCUUCUACUGUCUGUUUCUUAUACAUACACACACACACACACACACACAGAGAGAGACAGAAAACCCUGGUGACGCGAUAUAAGGUUUAAAUCCCAUUCAUACUAAGGUGCAGAAACAGAAGCCUUGAUAGUGUGGAUGCAUGUUGGCUUUUAUUGGGAUGAGUCAUGUACUGGAGGCAGCUCUGCAGGGUAGUCACAAGCUGGCACAGCCACAAAGUCAUACAAUCUGAUUUUAACCUUAACCACACCGUUUACCUUAUGCCUAACCCUAACUUGAAAUGAAGACCAAAAAGCUAUUUUUUGUUUGAAUACAUUUUUACGAUAUAUAGACAAUUUUGACUUUGCAGCUGGGCCAUCUAGUGGAAAUCGCUCAGCUCUGCCUCCAAGACAAGAUUCAUACCAAUGAUUGUCAACCUGCAACGUGGAUGUGUUUAGCCAUGCACAGGUAUUCCACACACAGAGCCCAGUCACAGUGACCUGUGACAGCUGAACGCCCUGAAUAACUACCUCCACUAGCCAGGAUAUCACAACUAUGGACAUGGGGGAGAGGAACAGGAAUGCAGGGGAGGAGAGGAGAGAGAGAGAGAGAGAGAGAGAGAGAGAGAGAGAGAGAGAGAGAGAGAGAGAGAGAGAGAGAGAGAGAGAGAGAGAGAGAGAGAGAGAGAGAGAGAGAGAGACAGAGAGAGAGAGAGAGAGAGAGAGAGAGAGAGGUCAACCCAGCUCUCUUUCCAUUCAGAGGCAGUGACACCAGCUCGUUGCACCUCACUAAAAUCCCACUUAGAUCCUACAGAGCCAUUUCUCUGUCGCCCAGAAGUCAUUGGUUAAGUGACAGAGGACAAAAGAGCUGUUGAUUGGUCCAGGGUCAGGGUAGUGGAGUGAGUGGCCACUCCCAGUCAGUCUAGUGUGACCACACCACAGCUCAGGAAUAACAUGAGUGGAUUUAGCUACUACAACACCCUGGGUGAGAAGGGAUUACACCCCUGGUAUUCUGGCUCUGAGAGAAGGGAUUACACCCCUGGUAUUCUGGCUCUGAGAGAAGGGAUUACACCCCUGGUAUUCUGGCUCUGAGAGAAGGGAUUACACCCCUGGUAUUCUGGCUCUGAGAGAAGGGAUUACACCCCUGGUAUUCUGGCUCUGAGAGAAGGGAUUAGAGGGGAGGAAAGAUGGACGGGGAGAGAGAGGUUUACAUUUGGGGAUGGGGAUUUCAGUGUUGUAGGACAGAAAGAGUGAGAGAAGGCUAAUGGCGCUUGGAAAGGGAUGAUGGAGAGAUGACAAUGGACACAAGUAUGUAAAACUUGGACAAUGGACACAAGAAAAUAAAAGGCAAACUUCAGAGUAAGCCUGAGACAGACAGAAAGGGUAAGGUGUGUCUGUCAUGAUACUAAAGGUGAUACAUCUCCCCCCACCCCCUUCCAGAUGAGUAUAGGAGUAAGGUGGUGUGUGAGGAGGAGAGGAUGAAGCUGAGCUGUAAACGGGGGAUGGAGAUCGCUGUCUACUCGGCCAUGUUUGGUCGAACCCAACAGGGGACCCUGGAGUGUCCUACCCACCACAGGAGGGUGCCCUCCGUA